AUGGACUAUACUAGAGCAACUGAAGUGGCUAAUGACACUAACUUAGAUGUUGGAACUAACCAACAUAAGCUUGUUUCUCCGCUUGGAGGUCUUACCCGGAUGGAUAACGACCAUUCGAGUUCUCAGGUUGUAAAGGAAACCCUUCAAUCAAAUAUUGAGAUUCCUAAUGAGAACACAGAUGUUUUCAUUAGAACAUUUAAAAAUCGUUUAAGCACCCUAGAGGGCUUAUACGAAAAGACUAUGAUGAAGCAUGACGAAUUUCUUAACUCAAUCGAAGCUGGUGACUAUUUAAGCAAAAUCACUAAGCUGGAAGAGGAAGAAAAAGGUCUUGAGCUGAACAUAGAAAAAUUAAGGACGAAAAUCAUUGAUAGAGAAGGACUGUUAAAUAACAGAACCACUGCUCAUACAAGAACGUCCAUUAAUAAUACUGUAACAAACGGCAGUAACAAGGAAGAAGGUAAUCAACAAACUAACUUGAUGAACAAUGGAUCAUUAAUGUUCAAGACAUUAAAUGGUAAAGAAGUUGUUAUCAAUAAGAAUUACCUUCCACUUAAUAUUGAAUUUAAACUAAUCAAUAUUGAGGACCUUCCGUUGUGGAUCAAGGAAUUCGUUAAAUUCCUAAAUUAUUACAAUUUAGAUAAUUUAAAUGAAUUGCCAGAAUCUACAAUAAUUGACCCUGUAGAAGAUCAAUUCAUAAAGGGUCAACUCAAGGAAAAUAUCAAGUGUGAAGAUAUAUAUGACUUUAUCUUCAUGGAGAAUAGUUCCAUUGAAAUCUUAAACGAAGUUAAGAGAAUUUUCUUAAGAAAACUUAACUUUGCCAAACGCCAAAAAUUAUGGAAACAAGUGUCAAUCACUGAGAAAUCCAAUAAUUUGGCUUUACAACUAAAUUUAUUGAAUAAAUUAGUUGGAAUUGAAGAAUUCAUUGACACCAAUAAGAUGGAAAUCUUCAAUUUGACAAUCAAUAGGAUUAACAAUCAAGUAUUGCAACGAAUUAAUGCAGUACCUAUUGAUCUAUCAAAAAUAACUCCUACUCAAUAUCUAGGAAUUAUUAAAAAACAACGCAGAGGAUGCUUUUGA